CGCAGCCCGUCUCGGGCGGGACGCUUGGUCGCGACGAGGUAGGCGACCCGGGCGAGCCCGGCGGGGCAGAGGGAGCCCAGCUUCGAGGUUGCUCUUCGCGCCCGAGGAUCAGUCUUGGCCCCCGAAGCGCGACGCACAAAUCCACAUAACCCGAGGACAAUGGACGCUGAUGAGGGUCAAGACAUGUCCCAAGUUUCAGGGAAGGAAAGCCCCACAGUGAGUGACACUCCAGAUGAUGGCGAUGAGCCCAUGCCUGUCCCCGAAGACCUUUCCACCACCUCUGGAGGACAGCAGAGUUCCAAGAGUGAGAGAGUAGUGGCCGGUAAUGUUAAAGUAGAGACUCAGAGUGAUGAAGAGAAUGGGCGUGCCUGUGAAAUGAAUGGGGAGGCAUGUGCGGAGGAUUUACGAAUGCUUGAUGCCUCGGGAGAGAAAAUGCAUGCCCCCCACAGGGACCAAGGCAGCUCGGCUUUGUCGGGAGCUGGAGGCAUUCGACUUCCUAACGGAAAGCUAAAGUGUGAUAUCUGUGGGAUCAUUUGCAUCGGGCCCAAUGUGCUCAUGGUUCACAAAAGAAGCCACACUGGAGAACGGCCGUUCCAGUGCAAUCAGUGCGGGGCCUCCUUCACCCAGAAAGGCAACCUGCUACGGCACAUCAAGUUGCACUCCGGGGAGAAGCCCUUCAAGUGCCACCUCUGCAACUACGCCUGCCGCCGGAGGGACGCCCUCACAGGCCACCUGCGCACGCACUCUGUUGGUAAACCUCACAAAUGUGGAUAUUGUGGCCGAAGCUAUAAACAGCGAAGCUCUUUAGAGGAACAUAAAGAGCGUUGCCACAACUACUUGGAAAGCAUGGGCCUUCCGGGCACGCUGUACCCAGUCAUUAAAGAAGAAACUAAUCACAGUGAAAUGGCAGAAGACCUGUGCAAGAUAGGACCAGAGAGAUCCCUCGUGCUGGACAGACUAGCAAGUAACGUGGCCAAACGUAAGAGCUCUAUGCCUCAGAAAUUUCUUGGAGACAAGUGCCUGUCAGACAUGCCCUACGACAGCAGCGCCAGCUACGAGAAGGAGAACGAGAUGAUGAAGUCCCACGUGAUGGACCAAGCCAUCAACAACGCCAUCAGCUACCUGGGCGCCGAGUCCCUGCGCCCCCUGGUGCAGACGCCCCCCAGUGGCUCCGAGGUGGUCCCAGUCAUCAGCCCCAUGUACCAGCUGCACAAGCCCCCCACGGAGGGCCCCCUGCGCUCCAACCACUCGGCUCAGGACAGCGCCGUGGAGAACCUGCUGCUGCUCUCCAAGGCCAAGUCAGUGUCCUCAGAGCGGGAGGCCUCACCGAGCAACAGCUGCCAAGACUCGACGGACACCGAGAGCAACAACGAGGAGCAGCGCGGUGGCCUCAUCUACCUGACCAACCACAUCACGCCACAUGCCCGCAAUGGCCUGUCGCUGAAGGAGGAGCAGCGGGCCUACGACCUGCUGAGGCCGGCCUCGGAGAACUCACAGGACGCCUUCCGGGUGGUCAGCACAAGUGGGGAGCAGGUGCGGGUGUACAAGUGCGAACACUGCCGCGUGCUCUUCCUGGACCACGUCAUGUACACUAUCCACAUGGGCUGCCACGGCUUCCGCGACCCCUUCGAGUGCAACAUGUGCGGCUACCACAGCCAGGACAGGUACGAGUUCUCAUCCCACAUCACGCGGGGGGAGCACCGCUACCACAUGAGCUAAAGCCCCCGGGGCCUGCCCACCAUGACAAGCACAAGGACCGCCACCCCUGCCCUCCCUCCAGUCCCAAGAGCAUGGACUGCACUGGACCAGACGAUGUGGUGUUUCCAUGUGUAGGUGUUUUUCUGUUUUUUAAGUUUGUCGGUUGGGGUUUGAUUUGCUUUUGAAAACAAGGAGGUUCUUAUUGUUAGAGGCAGGGUUGCCUUGGAGGCAUCCAGACUGCUGUCUUCCUAGAGGUUUUCAUAGACUGCUAGCUGAAAUCCCCCCAUCCCCCCGCAUUGCUUCUUAGAAUCACCUUCUCCAAACAAUUAGCCUGAAUUUUCAGAGAAUGAUCUAAAACAGUACAAAGCCUGGGAAGGAGCAAGCAGGUUCCUGUGCUAAGCACAGGGUUUGCGCACCAGGUGUCUUUUCCAAGUUCCCAAAAGCAGUGAGCAUGGCCCGUGAGGUAUGACUAUUGGAUACGAUUUGCAGGUGAGACAGGAUGGGAUGGCAUGUGGCCACCUGGGAGGUCCCCUCGACAUGACACAGCUGGCAUCUAAGGUGGAAAGGCUGCACAGCUUGAAAGAAAUAUUAAGUCAUAUUCUGCACAGGAAAAGAAAUUGGGAAAGGGUAUCUGUUGGGCUUCCCUGGGCAGAGGGAGGUGGGAAGGAAUGGAGAGCCUCUUAGUCCCCUCCCCGGCUUCCAAGCUCCCCCAGUGCUGGCUAGGGGACACUGAGCCUUCUGAGCCUGUGGCCAGGUGGGAUGAGUUCAGUCUUCCUGCGGGUACAUCUGGAGAGCCUGGUUCUCUGCGUUUUCAUCUGCAUGCCUUGAAUGGCCCCAAAAGUCUAUCACUACGUUUUAAACACCAGUCCCAAAAUUUGGAUCUUAAUUCUUUGUGAACUUCUAAAACAGUAAAAUUCAUCAGAAACCAAAGCUUUAUUACACAUUCCACAUUCAUUUCUUUGGUUAUCUAGUUCUUCU